AUGACCUCGCCCAAUAGCGCUGACCGCCCGGGGGCUUACGCCGCCCAAGCUCUGUUUGCCCGCAACAAUCCCGGCCUAUCGUCACUGUCUAGUUCGAGUGCAGCUCGGAAUCAACAUCAAAGCCACAAUCAGAGUCAGAAUCCGCAUCUGUAUCCUCAUCAAGUCCCCCAGUACCCUAGGGCUCAUAUUCUGCAGCCUCUAUUGCCGUAUAGUCCGAUCCCUAGGGCUGCGAUUGCUCCCACUGCUCCUGUUGCCUGGAAUCCUGUUGCUCCUAAGAAACCCUAUUAUUCUGGGACGUUUGCUCCUAUUUCUCCUUCUACGCGUCCGGUUGAACCCGAUCCUGCUUUCUCACUGAGCCUCUAUUCACCGCCCGAUGCUGGUGGUACUACCUUAAUCCGGGCGGGUUACACUCCAUGUUAUACUCCAGAUAGAGAGCGGUCCAAUUCAGCGGAAGGACUUGGAAAAGCCUCAGGCGGUAAAAAGGGAGGAAAGCGAUCCAAAAUGGCGGAACCUAGAGCGCGUGCCGCAAGGCACAAGGGACAGAUGAACUUUCCAUCUGAAUUACGCCUACUCCUCCUUGCCUACGGUGAUCCGAGUCCACAUCCUUCGUUCCCUUCGGAACCUCUUCCUGAAACAGUUCGUGUGCUUGAUGAGAUUGUGACUGAUUUCAUACUUGAGAUCUGCCACAAUGCGGCGCAGUAUGCCAACUAUUCGCGGCGUCAAAAGAUCAAGGUUGAUGAUUUUCGGUUUGCGCUACGUCGUGACCCGAACAAGCUCGGUCGUGUCCAAGAGCUGCUACGCAUGGAGCGCGAGCUAAAGGAGGCGCGGAAGGCAUUUGACCAGAAUGAUGACCAGGUGGCUAAUCUCAAAGACCCAGUGGGAAGAAAGGGUUUCGAGGAGUUGGCGGAGAGUGUCGAUGGUGGGACCGCCGGUGGGAAGAAGAGUAAAGGGAAGGGCAAGAGACCUUCCCGGAGAGACUCUGACAUGACAGAGGAGACCAUUUUUAAGAGAAGGAAGGUCACUGGGUAAAUUGUGCAACAGGGAGAGGGUUUUUUUUGUUCAUCAGGUACAUAAUGAUUAUUAGGCUCUCAAUAUGUGGCAUUGGACGGCGUCUCGGGGGUAUUUCUAUGUGGCACGGAAUUGAUUACUUUAUUCAAAAUGGGAAAACUAGGCUAUUUCCUCAGCCCUUGAUACUUAUCAACUACAUGAGACCUUCAAUUUGCGUAAUGAACAAACGACAGGAGUGCG